GUUCUCACCACUCUGCCUGGAGUGUCCCCCAACCUGCUGUGAGGGUCCUCCCCACUUUUCUGACGUGUGGCCUUUAUUUAACUUGUGCCUUCGAGAUUCCUCUUUCUGGCUUUUCUUGGUUAUUUAUAUACAAGGUCUAGAUUCCUGUCCAAGGAAGCUUCCAGGCCCGUGAUGGGGUCCCCAGUACCUCCCUGCCCUGUGUGUGUGUUGCGGUGCUCCCCCCUCUCCUGCAAGCUGUGAGUAGGGGGCCAGUUGAUGUGUCACCUGUGAGCCCCAGCCUCCCUCAUGCCUUUCUUGUCCCACAUUCCUGCUGUGUGGACCUCCCAGAUCAAAGGUUCUGGUUCUUUGUCUUUUCAGCCUUUGGGUUGUUAUUUCAUACGCAUUGUUGACAUUUUACCUGCAGUGAUCAGGUAGAUGACUCUACAGUGAGUGACCCUGGGCUCUGCUGAGCCUCAGUUCCCCCCCACCUCCCCCCCCCGGGACCUGGGACUGACCACUCAGACACCUCCUUCCCAGGGCCACAGGGAGGGUGGACCCUGUGACCCAACCAGGUCCUUAUCACAGUGGCCCGGGGCUCAUCCUGCAUACGGGCUGGCUUAAAAUGCAGGUGGGGAUGUGACCCAACGCAUAAAGGAAACACCUCGCAGCCUUGCUGAUGGAACACAGACAGGAGUGGGGAAAAUUCCUAAUACCGUGCUCCAUGCUCCCGGGCUGGACCUAACUCCCGCCUCUGUCCCAGGUGGGCUGGAUUUGGGGACUUGCUUGUAAAGAGUAGAUUGGAAUCCCACCUUGGGGAAACCCGGCAGAUGCCACCUCAGCCAGGUGGUCAAGGUCGACCUCAGGGUGAUGCCCUGGGGGUGUCAGGGUCCCCCUGGAAGGAAUCAACGAGAAGGGCACCUCGCCUCAGUGUGCUCCACCCCAAACCUUUAACCCCAGUGUAGUGGGUUGAAUGGCGGCCCGCAACAAGGUGUGUCCACAUCCUGACACCCAGAACCUGUGAACGGGACCUUAUUUGGAAAAAGGGUCUUUGUAGAUGUGAUUAAGAGUUUCAAGAAGAGAUCAUCCUGGAUUAUCUGAAUGGGCCCUAAAUCCAACAAGUAUCCUUAUGAGAGACACACAGAGGAGAGACCGAGAGAAGACGGCCAUGUGACAACAGAGGCAGAGACGGGAGGGACACACGGCCGCAAGCCCAGGACGCCUGGGACCCCAGAAGCUGGAAGAGGCGGGAGGGGGACCCUCCCCGGGCCCCUCCGGGGGCAGCACGGCUCUGGGACACACUGACCUUGGACGUGCGGCCUCCAGAACGUGAGAGAGGAAAUUCCUGUUCUUUCAAGUCACCCAAUUUGCAGUAAUUUGUUAGAGCAGCCCCAGGAAACCAGUACACCUGGUCCUAUCGGAGAAAAUACCAGAUAAACCCAGCUUGGGGCCAUGCUGCAGGACGCCAGCCGGUCCUGGGAGGAGCCUGAGGACACAGAAUCAAUCACCCAUCCAUCUGUCCUUCCCUGCAUCCAACAGUCAUUGAAACAGUGCUGACAGAAGACAUCUCUUUCCCUGUGGGACUUACCUUCAGUUCCCCAACCAGUGAUUGAACCUGCGCCCUCGGCAGUGAAAGCGAAGAGUCCUAACCACUGGACCACCAGGUUCGUGCUGGCCGUGGGCAGCGCCGUCUUUGACGCCAUGUUCAACGGAGGAAUGGCCACGACGUCCACCGAGAUCGAGCUGCCGGACGUGGAGCCCGCUGCCUUCUUGGCACUGCUCAAGUUUCUCUACUCGGACGAGGUUCAGAUCGGGCCUGAGACGGUCAUGACCACGCUGUACACCGCCAAGAAGUACGCGGUGCCCGCGCUCGAGGCCCACUGCGUGGAGUUCCUGAAGAAGAACCUGCGGGCGGACAACGCGUUCAUGCUGCUGACGCAGGCGAGGCUUUUCGACGAACCGCAGCUCGCCAGCCUGUGCCUGGAAAACAUCGACAAGAACACGGCCGACGCCAUCACUGCAGAGGGCUUCACAGACAUCGACCUGGACACGCUGGUGGCCGUGCUGGAGCGGGACACCCUGGGCAUCCGCGAGGUGCGCUUGUUCAACGCUGUCGUCCGCUGGUCUGAGGCUGAGUGUCAGCGGCAGCAGCUGCAGGUGACGCCUGAGAACAAGCGGAAGGUUCUGGGCAAGGCGCUGGCCCUCAUCCGCUUCCCGCUGAUGACCAUCGAGGAGUUUGCUGCAGGGCCCGCACAGUCGGGCAUCCUGGUGGACCGCGAGGUGGUCAGCCUCUUCCUGCACUUCACCGUCAACCCCAAGCCGCGCGUGGACUUCAUUGACCGUCCACGCUGCUGCCUCCGCGGGAAGGAGUGCAGCGUCAACCGCUUCCAGCAGGUGGAGAGCCGCUGGGGCUACAGCGGCACAAGCGACCGCAUCAGGUUCUCGGUCAACAAGCGCAUCUUCGUGGUUGGCUUCGGGCUCUACGGCUCAAUCCACGGCCCCACAGAUUACCAAGUGAAUAUCCAGAUCAUCCACACAGACAGCAACACGGUCCUGGGCCAGAACGACACGGGCUUCAGCUGUGACGGCUCCGCCAGCACCUUCCGAGUCAUGUUCAAGGAGCCGGUGGAGGUGCUGCCCAAUGUCAACUACACGGCCUGCGCCACGCUCAAGGGCCCGGACUCCCACUACGGCACCAAGGGCCUGCGCAAGGUCACCCACGAGUCGCCCACGACUGGGGCCAAGACGUGCUUCACCUUCUGCUACGCGGCCGGGAACAACAAUGGCACGUCCGUGGAGGACGGGCAGAUCCCUGAGGUCAUCUUCUACACCUAGGCUGCCCCGUCCCGCGCCACGCCCGCUGCUCCCCCUGCCUCGGUCCUGGGCGCCAGGAGGGCUCCUCUGUUCCGAGGUGGCGGAUGGGCAGGGCAGCGGGAGACAAUCCCUCAGGACUCGGGGGGGCAGGGCUGGCCUGACCCUGCCCUGAGCCGAGGGUCCGCCUGCUGCCCCUGCAGCUCAGGGUCGCCUGACCAGCUGCCCGACCAUAGGAUUCGUGGAGGGUGUCGCCUCGUGUUUGUUUCAGCUGCACGUGGCAAUGCAUCUUGGAUUCCCAUUUCUCUGGUAGGAGACCACGUACGGGGCCCCUAGUGGGCCUGGGUCCUGCAUUCCUCUGUUCUGUUCACUGGGGACACUCAGACCGCCCUGACCCACCCCUAGGACGCGGGCUCGAGCCCUCCUGAGGUCCUGCAGGCCGGCUUCCUGCCAGGCCCAGGCCCAGCCUGAGGGCCCAGUGAAGGACCAUCCCUGUCCAGCCCUCCUGGACGGCCCCUCCCAGCCCCUGCAGCUGUGGACACGGGCGGCAGACCCCGUCUGCCUGGGAGGGGCGAUGCUGCGGGCCACACACGGGGGCCGCAUCCCAGCUGGCCCACCUGCACAUCCUGUAGCCCCACUCUUCCGGCCCCCAGCGAGCACUCUGCCCAGAGGUGCUGGAGGGCACAGCCCCUCCCUGACCCCCAGGUACUGUCCCCUCCCCACCCUCGUGCUUCCACCUGGAGCCUGUGUCCUCCCCGAAGCUAUGGAAGGUGUGUCCUCACACCACACCCCAAAAUGUUUUUUUUUUAAAUAAAGGAAAGAAACGUA